AAUCCGUCGGGGUAUUAACCACCCCGACAAUCCGUCGAAACUUAUAUCUCUUCCCCUGUUAUCCACUAAAAUUCCACGUGUCUUUCUUCAAAGAUACUUUCGGGUUCGGCUCCCACCUUCUUCAGCGGCAACUUUCCCGUCACGAUUCACAAACAUCUUCUCAACUACAUACCGACUAUUUCCUCAAAAAUAUUCUCGAGAAACUCUGUUUUCCCUUUUGAAGCUCAUGCAAGGCACCAAAUGGCAAUUUCAAUACCUAAUCACUUCCUCGCUCUCACGCAACCUUCCAAUUUCGCACUCAACCGGCGACAGCUCUCUUCUAAUCGAAUUUUCACCGGCGGCAACCAUAGCUUCCUGUCCGGCGGAGCCGGAAUAUGCAGAGCGAAACCUCGAGAGUUGGUCCUCGGCAACCCGUCGGUGACGGUAGAAAAAGGAAAGUACAGUUACGACGUUGAAACACUAAUCAACAAGCUAAGCAGCCUCCCGCCUCGUGGCAGCAUUGCGAGAUGUCUCGAUGUCUUCCGCAACAAACUUUCACUAAACGACUUCGCUUUAGUCUUCAAAGAGUUCGCUCACCGCGGCGAUUGGCAACGUUCCCUACGACUUUUCAAAUACAUGCAACGCCAGAUCUGGUGUAAGCCAAACGAACACAUUUACACCAUCAUGAUCAGCCUCUUGGGCCGCGAAGGCUUGCUCGAGAAAUGCCGCGAAGUGUUCGACGAAAUGCCUAGCCAAGGCGUGACUCGCAGUGUUUUCGCCUACACGGCAUUGAUUAACGCCUACGGACGGAACGGCGCGUAUAAUAUUUCGCUUGAGUUACUCGAUAAAAUGAAGAAAGACAAAGUUUUGCCGAGUAUUUUAACUUAUAAUACCGUGAUUAAUGCGUGUGCAAGGGGCGGGUUGGAUUGGGAGGGUUUAUUAGGUUUGUUUGCGGAAAUGAGACAUGAAGGAAUACAACCUGACAUUGUUACUUAUAAUACUUUGCUUAGUGCUUGUGCUAAUAGGGGUUUAGGUAAUGAGGCGGAAAUGGUUUUUAGGACUAUGAAUGAAGGAGGGAUACUGCCGGAUUUAACUACUUAUAGCUAUCUUGUUGAGAGUUUUGGGAAGUUAGGUAAGCUGGAGAAAGUUUCAGAGCUACUUAAGGAAAUGGAGUCUGGAGGGAAUUUGCCGGAUAUUAUGUCAUAUAAUGUGUUGUUAGAGGCAUAUGCUAAGUCGGGGUCAAUUAAGGAAGCGAUGGGUGUGUUUAAGCAGAUGCAGGUGGCCGGAUGUGCGCCAAAUGCUACUACAUAUAGUAUUUUGUUGAAUUUGUAUGGCAGGAAUGGGCGAUAUGAUGAUGUUCGUGAGCUUUUUCUUGAGAUGAAAGAGAGCAAUACAGAGCCGGAUGCUGCUACAUAUAAUAUUUUGAUACAGGUUUUUGGAGAGGGUGGGUAUUUUAAGGAGGUCGUGACUUUGUUUCGUGAUAUGGUGGAGGAGAAUAUUGAGCCUAAUGUGAAGACUUAUGAUGGUUUAAUAUUUGCUUGUGGGAAGGGAGGGCUUCAUGAGGAUGCCAAGAAAAUUCUACUUCACAUGAAUGAAAAAUGUAUAGUGCCUAGUUCCAGGGCUUAUACUGGGGUUAUCGAGGCUUAUGGACAGGCAGCAUUAUAUGAGGAAGUUUUAGUUGCCUUUAACACAAUGAAUGAAGUAGAGAGCAACCCGACCAUUGAAACUUACAAUUCACUGCUUCAGACUUUUGCAAGAGGUGGAUUGUACAAGGAAGCUAACGCAAUUUUGUCCAGAAUGAAUGAGACUGGUGUUGCAAAGAACAGGGAUUCUUUCAAUGCUUUGAUUGAAGCUUUUAGGCAAGGAGGCCAGUUUGAGGAUGCUAUCAAGGCUUAUGUAGAGAUGGAAAAAGCAAGAUGUGAUCCUGAUGAACGGACCCUUGAAGCAGUUUUAAGCGUCUAUUGCUUUGCAGGUCUGGUUGAUGAGAGCAAUGAGCAAUUCCAAGAAAUUAAAGCUUUAGGAGUGUUGCCCAGUGUCAUGUGCUAUUGCAUGAUGCUGGCUGUUUAUGCAAAAUGCGACAGGUGGGAUGAUGCCUAUCAGUUAUUUGAUGAGAUGCUCACAAAUAAAGUUUCGAAUAUUCAUCAAGUGAUUGGAAAAAUGAUUAGAGGAGAUUAUGAUGAUGACGCAAACUGGCAGAUGGUAGAGUAUGUCUUUGACAAACUUAACUCUGAAGGAUGUGGCUUUGGAAUAAGGUUCUAUAAUGCACUUUUAGAAGCACUUUGGUGGCUACGUCAGAAAGAACGGGCUGCAAGGGUGCUCAAUGAAGCAACAAAGCGAGGGCUAUUCCCUGAACUUUUCCGUAAAAACAAACUUGUAUGGUCUGUGGAUGUACACAGGAUGUGGGAAGGUGGCACUUACACAGCAGUCUCAAUUUGGCUCAACAGUAUGCAGAAGAUGUUCUUAAGUGGGGAUGAUCUUCCUCAACUUGCUACUGUUGUUGUAGCACGGGGGCAGAUGGAGAAAAGCUCAAUUGCCCGUGAUAUUCCAACUGCAAAAGCUGCCUAUACAUUCCUGCAGGAUAUUGUGUCGUCAUCAUUUUCUUUCCCUGGGUGGAACAAAGGGCGAAUUGUCUGUCAGCGGUCUCAGCUUAAGCGAAUUCUGUCAGCCACAGGCUCAUCUUCAGAUGAGUCGAAAGCGGAUAAUAUAAUUGCUUUAAGUAACUUCCCCAUUCCUUCUAUGGGAGUGAAAUCAUCUCCUGGUGAUGUAGAGUAUACCCAACAUGAUAAUGCGAUUUCAGAAACCAAAAUGAGAAGAACAGAGCUUAUGGCUGGUACAGCUUAAAUAGUAACACAAAGUCUAUUCAUCAGUUUUCCGGUCUUGGAAAAUCUGUCCGAAUUUCUGUUCAUUGGUGGAGAUUGGAGGGUUGAUUUGACGCUAGUCUCCCCAUUGUUUGCAAUGGAAAAUGUAACAAUGGUCUUUGCCAUGACAUCAGCUCACCAAAUUGCUGGAAAAAGGUGGACCUUAACCUAAGUGUCGCAACUGGUUUUUCAUGCAGCAAUGUAUCGAGCAGCCGGAUGAUGAAAGCUUCUGGUUUAAGUCGUUAGGCAAUCGUCCUUUUCAACUAAUUCAAUUAACAACAUAUGUGACAUUGAUUUUAUGAGAACAAGUUAAUGAUUUUGAUAGGAUGUUUUA